GGGAGUGGGGGGUUCCUUUGACCCGGAAAGGGAGCGGGAGAAGUGGUCGGUUGGAUGCUGGUGCGGUGGCGGCUCCAUCUCCGCCGGAGAGUUUCGCCAAACCGGAGCCGCCUGAUAGAUUUUUCCGCUGCGGGUGUGUCUUGGUGUGAUGUGGAGAGUCAGAAAUGCCUUAUGUGGAUCGACAGAAUCGUAUUUGUGGAUUUUUAGACAUUGAAGAAAAUGAAAACAGCGGAAAAUUUCUACGUCGAUACUUUAUACUGGACACUCGGGCAGAUAGUUUGCUGUGGUAUAUGGACAAUCCACAGAAUCUGCCUUCAGGAGCCUCACAUGUUGGAGCUCUUAAACUUACCUACAUUUCCAAGGUCAGUGAUGCAACAAAGCAACGACCAAAAGCAGAGUACUGUUUUGUCAUUAAUGCAGGGAUGAGAAAAUACUUUCUGCAGGCUAAUGAUCAGCAAGACUUGGUUGAAUGGGUGAAUAUUCUGAACAAAGCCACCAAGAUCACAGUGCCAAAACCAGCAGAUGUUCAGCUGAGCACGGAAAACCAAAAUUGCCUUGUGGAGGGGCCAUGUGCACGGAAGACUGGGCCAUACAAAACAGAAAUAAUUGGUGGUGUUCCAAUUAUAACGCAGACCAAUCAGGAGGGAAUGGAAUUUUUGGAAGGAAUUGACAAAAGUAAUUUGAAACAUUCCCACAGUCAGCUUACAUAUUUUAUUGGCAAAUCUACAUCUGAUCAAGCUGUCAUUAAAAAUGGUUACUGUGUUAAACAAGGAGCAGUGAUGAAAAACUGGAAAAGAAGAUAUUUCAUACUAGAUGAAAAUUCCAUAAGUUAUUACAAAUCUGAUCUGGACAAGGAACCACUUCGUUGUAUACCACUUAAAGAAGUUAAUAAGGUUCAAGAAUGCAAACAAAGAGAAAUUUUGUUACGUGACAACUUAUUUGAGAUGGUAACUAAUUUUAGAACAUUUUAUGUUCAGGCUGACAGCCCUGAAGACAUGCACAACUGGAUCAAGGCAAUAUCAGGCGCCAUAGUAGCACAACGAGGUCCUGGAAGAUCAGCAGCUUCUAUGCGGCAAGCCAGACGGCUGUCGAAUCCUUGUAUACAGAGGUAUACAUCAAGAACUGGUGAAUGCGGCAUGAGCCUUGCGACCUUUCCGCAGCAGAAUCCAGCGCAGUCUCAUCUUCCUCAAAAGCAGCAGAAGUCUAUAAUCCCCAAGCUCUCAUCACCUGUAGCCCUGCCGACCAAAAUCUCCAACAUAACCAGGAGAAGCGAGGAUUUCACAAAGCUUCUGCCAUGGCUCAGUCAGGGCAGAUCAAGAACCAGACUGUCUCUACCAGAAAACCAGCUGCCAAAAUGACGAAGGAUGAUUCAGUCCCUCAAGGUAAAAAUGGUGUACAGGAAAACUAUCCUGUUCCUGUGGAUCUGGAUGAUGCCAGUCUUCCUGUCAGUGACAUCUGAAAAUGGAAGUUACAAGUCUGAGAUCUCUGAACUAAUGAGGCAGACAAAGAGUUCAUGCUCUUAUUCAAAUCUUUGCCGCUGGAUAUACGUCUAAUCUAUGUAGUGAAGUGCACCUGCUAAGAUCUCUCUAACAGAUUCCAUGUUCUAAUAUUAUGGAUAAAUUUAGAUCAAUUGGUGUUCCAUUAUCUGCCUACUUUGUUUGUGCCUGAAGAACAUUUUUGUGUACUGCCUUGGUCCCAAAGAUACUAAAUGUCACCUUGUCACUAAACGUACAGAGCACUCUUUUAUAUAUUUGGGUCAGUAAGAAUUUUCAUUGUGAGAAAACUUGAACCUGAUUCUUCAACCUUGGCUGGUCUGUGUAUGAUCUUUAACUUGGGGCCUACAUGUUUUUAAUGCACCAAACCCCUUUUAGCUUAAAGUGCCUGACUACAUUCUGGAACCAAGUUUUCAAAUAUAUCAAUAUAUGAUCUAAUUGCACAAUGUUUUUCUUCCUUAAAUUAACUUUUUGUUUUACUGGAGGAAAUGUAAUUUGAUUGGAUGAGUUUAAAUUGUGUGAAUAUUGCUCAAAUUUUAUAGGUUGCCUGUGCAAUACUUAUUUCACUAAUUGUGAACUGCAAAAGUUACUGGAAGUUCUGAUAAUGUCAUUGUAAUGUGAGCAGUGCUGCAUGUUUUUUUUUUUAAAGUAUGUUUUACACAGGAUCAAAGUUAUGCAGAUGACUUUUCAGUACUGUGUACACCACAUGCUUUUCACCUUAAGAUCUUAUGGAGGAGUAGAGUGUGAUUGCUUUGGACACGAUAUUAACUGGUCAAUAUUCUGAAAUGGAACUCGAAUAUCUGUAAAGACUUGAAGAAACACAGAUCUGAGCAUUAAUAGUGAUUUGGCAUUGUUUAGAUUGAGCUCAAGGAUAUUUUUAUGAUGAACAUAUGGUGGUCAUUUGAGUUAUGGUACAUCUGUUACAUCCUAUUUAAUUAAUAUGCACGGAAAUAGUUUUUGCCCUUUUCCACCUAGCAUUAUUGCAGUUUUUAAUCAUAGGAUAUAUUUAACAUAUGUUCCCUGGAGAAUUUGGGAUAAAAUAUUUAUUUUGCACAUCCUUUAUAGGAGUUGUCAUUAAUAUUCAUUAUUUUGUAUGGUAAGUUAACUUUGUUUCUCCUGGAGCUGUUUUCUAUUACAUAUGUUCCUUCACAGUUUGUGCCAAAUGUGUGUAGCUAUCUGGAUAGGAAGGACUUUAUGCUGCUGCAUACUGUGUGGAUAGCACAGCUUAUUUAUUUUCAAGAUUCUGCAGCACCUUGUAAUUUACAGUAGUGUUCGCAUCCAAUCUGUGAUCUCAAUUCUGGAAAUAAUAUUGAGGUUUCAGUGCUGCAAGAUGAUUUAAAAAAAAAUAUUUUGCUCUUUGCUGCUGUCACAUUCUGCUGCUCAUCUGAAAAUGGUAAGCAAGAAGAGUCCUGGAGGCAAAGGUUGAGCUAUCAACAUUGUAUUGCAGCUAUUCACUAGGAAUUAUUUGGAAAAUACUAGCCCCCUGUGGUAAAGCUAACUCAUUGCAAUUUUUUUUAAUGCCUUUCCUGGAGGGUGCUUCUCAUGUUUAAAUUUUUUUUCACUUAAAGCAUUUGUUGGACUAAAUUCCACAAUCUUGCUUCAAUUAAUUGAUUGCUUUGUAUUGGUGGAUUUUGAUCACUUUAAUGCUACAAUUGACGCCAUUACUGUAAUUUUCAAAGUUAAUAGAUUUACAUUGUUUUUUAAGAAAGAACUGCAAAUUGAAGGUAGACAAGAACGCUGGAGAAACUCAGCGGGUGAGGCAGCAUCUAUGGAGCGAAGGAGUACGUGAUGUUUGGGGUCA